AUGCAACUCGUUACUGCUUUUAUUGCUGCUCUUGCUUCGUCAGCCUCUGCUCAUUUUAUUCUUACCAGUCCUGCGACGAGAGGAUUUGAUGAGCUCAAGGAAUCUACUGCACCCUGUGGUGGAUACAAUACUGUUGCAUCUCGAACGAAUGCUGCUUUGAAGUCGAAUCUUGUUCUUGAGAUUGCAGAUGCCAAUGCUGUCAUUACUGUCAAGUUUGGUCCUGGUGAGAACCCAACCACUUUCCCUUAUACUCUUGGCAGUCGCAACUACACUGCAGUAGGAAACUACACCAUUCCCAUCGACAUGACCUCUGCAAAUGCGAGUGGGAUAUUACAAAUGGGUCAAAUCGGUACCAUCCAAGUGAUUUUACAAGGCACUGAUGGUAUGCUAUACCAAUGUGCGGACAUUACUCUAGCUGCAACAAAUGGUGGAUCGUCUGCUUCUACUAGUGCUGCUGCUCCCGCUGGCACGAAUGCUGCUAAAGCUGCCAACAGUGCCAAGAAAACCGCUUUGAGUGUGAUAGGUCCAAUGGCUAUUGCCAUCCCACUUGUUCUCCUGUUCUAAAUAUCAAAUGAACUCAUGUUGCACUUGUUUUC